GACCAAUCAGCGCAGCAGGCUCACCUUCUCCCCGGGCUGCAGGAGUUAGCGGGAAAUAGACGGAGGCUAAUCUCAACCGGGUACCGGACUUUACAGCUAUUUUUGGGCCUUUAUCUGUCUUUCUUGGUCUUAAUUUGCUAAUGAAAACUGUCAAAGCUGAAUCUCACAGAGUUACUCGGGUUAAAUCUCAGUUGUUAUCGUUCAUUUGCUUCGCUUGCUCUGCUGACAUCCGCUCAAGCGUUAGCUAACCGGAACGCCGUGCCUCAUCCGACAGGACUGAAAAACACCAGAAAAACAAGACAAAGAGGCGACGCGUUCAAGCAAGAAAAGAGGGCUGCAGACAUGAGUUUUUCCUUUCUAGACCGAUUUCGUUUUGACAAGAAGGCAGCGAAGGUAGAGCCGGACAGAGACUCUACAAGUCCGGAGUCCGAGAAGGAGAACAAGCCAGGUAAGGAGUGAGGAGCUGUGGAUCAAUAGCAUGUUAUUUUUUUACUAUCAUGAUGAGAAUGACAGUGCCCUCAAGUCCAAAACAUCCAAGGAGCCAGAAACAACCAUUUUGAGCAAAACAGCUCGUAAAACAAAUGACUCAUCUUUUACAUCAGUAUAAUAAAUCUAUAUGCACCUGAUUCUGCUGCUCAAAAGGGAGAAGUGUGGUGAGAUGGUUCAAUUACACGAGUAACACGUGACUAAGCUUCCAUUAUCCAUCUUUAUUGACAUGACACAUUUCCUACUAAUGAGAUGCAUUUAGCAGCUGAAAACAAGAACAGGCAAAAUAAUGACAAGGCAUGGGAUAUGUUGAUUAAGAAGUAAAUGAAAUGUCAAUAGGGAUAUACAAAUGAACAUCAACUGAAAUAAAAAAUAAUGAAGAUCACAAAAGGAGUAGAAUUGAGUAAUAUUAAAAUUUUAAGUAAUGAGCCAGACUGAGUCGAUUGGAUUUUAGUGUAGGUAACAGCUGCAGUAUCUCUGGCUCCUCUCAGGACCUCCAGCAGGCUGACCAAGCAUCUCAGACUGUAGUGACUGACAGCAUCAUCUCUGGAGCAGGUUCAAGGUCCGAGUAGGGCUGGGCGAUAUGGGAAAAAGUUUAUCACGAUAUUUUUUUUCAUAUCAGCCGAUAUCGAUAUAUGUCACGAUAUAAAAAAUGAAAUUUUACAGUGUGGAUUGGUAGCGUGUCUUUUGCAAUACAAUAAGCUACUGCACCUAUGACGUCUUCAUGUCUCUUCUACUACACGGUUGUUUGCUACUUGGUUCUAAUUCAGCACAUGAUUGGUUCAGCGUGAAGUGGACCCAGAGCAACUCCCCUUUUCAUUGACUAUUAGUUUAUGGCACAGGGAGGCCCCUUGGACCUAGGGCUGGGCGAUAAAACAGUAACGAUAUAUAUUGAAAAUAAAUUGACCUCAAUAUCAACAUAAAACACGAUCAAUAUGCUUUUUGAUAGUCAGCAUUCGGAAAUGUUUUGGUAGACUAAACAAAGACCAUCUUGGUUAUGUAGUAUGGUGUGUGAGGUCCUCUUAAACUACUAAAGAAACUUAAAACUAAUACGAAAACUGACAGUAGUCAGUGUUGAGAAUUUUAAAGAUGUGUUAUGUUUACUCUUCUUCUGAUCCUUGUCAGAACAUGUGCUGCAGCAUUAUGAAGCUGUUUAUUGUGAUCUUUCGUGGGCCAGAGAGAAGGGCAUUGCAGAAGCAGAAAAGGCCUGCAUGAGUCUGUGUUGCUUUGAGAGAGGUCUCAUUUUGUAAAUGUUCUUUAAUUCAUGAAAUGCUGUUCUGAUUGUGGUGUCUUGGUGUUGGUUUCAUACCUGUCAAACUUUACUCUUUUGUACUUUCAAAUGUAUUUUGUAAUUUAAAGAUUAAAGUUGUGUAGACUGCAAAUACUAAGAAAUCGUUAUAAAAAUUAUGUGACCAUUAUUCUGAUGCCACCUCUGCUUUCAGAAAACCACUUAAAACAUGAGUAGUUCAUCCAUAUGCCUUACCUGAGGGAUGAAAUAUCCAUAUCAUGAUGAAGGCCAUGACAGUUCAGCAUUGUCUUCAAUUAAAAAACGACCACACCACAAUUAAAUCAUUCAUUUUCUUGCUGUUCUUCUUUUUAGCUAAAAAGCCUCCUGCGAAAGUUCCUAAGUCCCAUGACCGUCUUGCGGCUUUGGACGAAGUCAUAGCUACUGAUUCGGAAGAGGAUGAAAAACCUCCAGGAACAUCACAUACUGCCAAAUUCAAGUACGUGUCACCUCACUGACAAAAGUUGUCCUUUUUUUUCAUAUUGGUGCUUAUUGUGGUAACAUGAGUUUCAUCUUCAGGAUUCCUGUCGUAAAACUAUCAAAACAAGGAGAUUCUGAUCAUUCAGAUGAUGAAAAGCAAGACAAAAUGAGCAAACUGCAGGAGAUGUUUCCUUAUCUCAAUGAGAAGGAAUUACUGGGAGUAAGUAGAAAGAAAGAAGAGAAAUCAAAUCUUUUUGUCCAUGCCAACACAAGUUUGCCACGUUUCCUUUUAAUAUGUUGAGUAUCCUGGUUCAAAACGCCAAAUUCUGUUCUGGUUUCAGGCUAUAGACUGCACCAGCACAUUGGAAGGGGCUGUAGCUGUAUGCAAUUUCAAUUACAGUCAUAAAAAAAGUAAGUAAUGUCAUUUUUUAAGCACAUUAUUGAGGUUUAUACACAAUGCUACAAGAACAGGAGAGUGAAACAUACUUUGCUGUGAGGCUGCAAGAAAAUUUUGAUUGUACAACAUAUAUGUUUUUAAAGUUGGCAAACUGAAAGAAGUUAUUCCUGCAAUUUACAUGCAACUGUGUUUGAUGUUUAUGAUUAUCCUAUCAACUGUAAGUAGUUCAAUUCUAAACUCAUUUUGAUGAUUGUAACUUACAGCUAAUGAAAACCCAACAUUCAGCGUAUCAGAAAAUGAGAUUACUUAAGACUGAUAACAAACUGAUUCUCAACACAGAAAUGUUGGACUACUGAAAAGUAUGAACAUGUAUAGCUCUCAGUACCUGGUUCCAGCAGCAAUUAUGCGCAGAGCAGGAAACAGGGUGAGAGAGUCGGGGAAUGACAUGCUGAAGAAGUAGGCACAGGCUGGAAGUGUUUAUAACCUCUGUAUACGGGGCACAUGUGGACCAUUCGGCCAGUGAAGCCCCACUUAAUAAAAAUAUACAGGGUAAUUGGAGGCAUUUUACUCAGGCUCAGGUAUAAGUGAAGUUAAAACCCAGUGAAAGAAGGUUGUUUAGUUCAGUUUGAGGGUGGUAACAAACAACUCAUGCUGGAAAAAAUCUCUCAGUUAAAAGAGUUCUUAGCAAAAUGAAUUAUGCCUGUGUCUUAUUUAUAUUCAGCCGAUCAAAUGGUAAACUAUUUUGGGUUGGUUUGUCUUUUCAGAGCUAUAUCUAAUCAGCAAAAGAAAGAGAAACAGUUCCAGCGAUUCUGAAGACAGUGAUGAAGGUCAACCCAGCAAGAGGACGAAGUCAUUAGAGGUCAGAUCUCCGAUGACACAGUUCUUUCUUUCUCUCUCUCUUUUUUUCAGGUACAACUAGAGCUGUUUAGAUUGACCCACAGUGGUCCUGAUAGUGGCAUUUUAUGCUCAAACAGCUAUUUGACAAAGUUGAUUUUUUUUUACCAUUGUGCUGUUAAAUACAAGUUUCCCUAUGUUUGUUGUGAAUUUUAAAAGCAAAAAUGGCUCCUUAAACAUAUUACACUGCAUUUCCUGUGUUUGAAAUAUUCAAGGUUUCUGAAGAGAAGAAGGAAGCAAAGAUCAGAAAACUGUCUAAAAAGUUUCCUCACCUGGACAAGAAUGUGAGGACACACAAACACUUCAUGUUGGCUUUUCAUACCAACAUGGACGUUCACUUUGAACCUCUCAUUCUGAUUAAACUCUUGACCACAUGUGCUCCAUGAUGUUGAAGCAAACAGAGUAUUUUUUUUCGUCACUGAAUCGAAGGUUCAAAUGUGUUGCUUUCGGUGCAUUGCAGGAGCUGCGCAUGGUGCUGCAGACACAUGACUGGAAUGAUCGGGAUGCUCUGCAGGCUCUUGAAUUGUUUUCUGAUGAAGGUACAAACAGCAACCAUCACUGAAAUCCAUCCAUCUAUCUGCUGAUUUUAUUCUGACUCCAAUUUCAGCUCAUAUUGUUUCUCUUUCUCUGUUUGUAAGGUGAGAAAGGCCCCAGCAAGGCACACAAAAAGGAUUCCAGAGAAUCAAAGAGCAAAGACAAGUCGAGCAGGGACCGCAGAAAGUUUAAACAGCCCAGGGGUGACGACAGUUCUGAAGAUUCAGGAGCUACAGAGGAUAGCCAAGAUGAGUCAGAUUCAGCCUCAGCGUCUUCAUCCUGCCCAGUUAAGAAAACAACCACCUCUACCUCUAAGAUGCUGUCCAGGUUUAGCAGUGGGACCAGUUUAGCCAAGAAGCAGGCGGCAGAGAGACAGAAGAAAUCAAGUGCCUCAGGUGAAUCCAUCAGAAGGGACCGCAGAAGGUUUAAACAGCACAAGAGCAACGACAAAUCUGAUGAUUCAGGAGCUACGGAAGAUAGCCAAGAUGAGUCAGACUCAGUCUCGAAGUCCUCAGCCUGCCCAGUUAAGAAAACAACCACCUCUACCUCUAUGAUGCUGUCCAGGUUUACCAGUGGGACCAGUUUAGCCAAGAAGCAGGCAGCAGAGAGAAAGAAGAAAGCACGUGCCUCAGGUGAAUCCAUCAGCUCAGAGGAGGAAAAAGACGACCCAGAGGACACAGUCAGUAGUGAGUUUGAGGAGUCGGACGAGGAGCUGGACACCCGAGGCGGCAUGACGGACUUGAAGCGAGAGAUGCUCACGUUCUUCCAGAGUGCAACAAUAGAUGAGCUGUCGCUUAUCUCUGGCUGUUCCACUAAAAAGGCCCAGAGGAUUGUGGAACUGAGACCUUUUUCAAGCUGGCAUAGCCUGGUGAGAUCAUGUGCAUUUUUUUCACAGCUGAGAUAAGAAACAUCACAGACAUUGUGCAGGUGGUUCUUUGACGCCAAAAAAUACUUAGACACAAAGGAGGCUAAACUCACUCUGCUGAACACCUGGAAGAUGACUUUAUGACCUGUCAAAUUUCAGUCAGCGUAUUUGCUCAUCCGCAGAAACUAGACACUCCUGACAGUUGAAUACCAGCACUCUGAACUCUCUAUCUUAUCUGUUUUCAUGUGCUGUUAUCAGAUUGUCAGCCCUUUUUUUUAAUCUUUCUAAACAUGUAUCUUUCAGCACAGAGUGGAUGUGAACAAAAAUACAAUAAGAUUACUGAUAGCCAUCAUGCAGCUUCAAAAGAGCAGUGAAGAAUCGUACAGUGACAGUUUAAUCUCUUCAUGCAUUUUUGCUUUUAUUAGAAAAGGCGGCUGAAGAAAGAGAGCCAUUUUUGAGUGGAGCAAGGAGGAUGACAUGCACAGCAGUUACACACAAUUUGAUUUGGUUUUGUGGUCCAUAUCCACAGCCACUUUUGUCAGGGCUUGACACUAGGAGCACAUGUGCUCCUAGUUGAAAAAGUAAGGAGCACACAAAGAACUUUAGGGGCGCAAUGAAAAUUGAUCAAAUAAUAUGUGUCUUAUUGGACGACACAAGUACUAUCAUUUGAAAUCAAUUUUAGGUCUUUUGGUCACAUGACAUAGAAACUAUUGAAGGAAAACAGCCUGUUUUUUAGAACAUCAGCCGGUAAUUUAUUGAUGGUCCCUUAUUUAACACCCGACAUUGACAGCGAGGGUGCAGAGUAGAUUUAACCGCGCUGCUCUUGCUUGUCAUGGAGAGUGAGAAGACAGUGAAUGUCCGUCGGUUAUCCAACCUAAAACUAACUCCACCACAGUAUUGACAUGAAAAAACAUUUGUCAGUGUCAGUUGUUUCAGCACAAAUACAGCUUUGUUUUCUCUCUUCAGGUUGACGUCUUCCACAAAUACAAUGGACUGUCUGACAACUUAUUAGUGGGCUGCAAAGUCAUCCUGAAAGAGCGAAAGGUUAUCCAGGGGCUCAUGUCAAAAUGUGAGAGCAUUUCCUCCAAAAUGACGAAAAAGGUCACUUCCCUGAUGGAGACGGGCUCAGGGGGCGUGGAACAACCCAGUGUGCUCAAUGGCGAGUAAGUAAAGUGGACACAGUCUCAGACAGAUCCGUUAUUAUAAUCCCUGACAUGUCUGUGGGUUUAUUGUUUAGUUAUUAAAUUUUUAACAACUAAACACAUAAAAGGCAUUUCUUAGAUCCAUAAAUCACGCAUUAGGGCUUGCAGUAUAUGAUAACAAAUGUAUAAAUAUCUUUUCAGGUUACAGCUAAAACCCUAUCAGCUGAUCGGUCUAAACUGGCUGCUGCUUCUGAACGAGCACAACCUGAGUGGUAUCCUCGCAGAUGAAAUGGUAAGGUAACCAGCAGAGGAUCUUUGUAAAGAGACAUGUUGCAUUGUCAAUAUUUGUGAGGUGGUGAUUAUUACCCUGAAGUAAAGAAACAUAAACAAAGACCCUUCAUGUAACUUGUGCAGGACAGCAGGGGCUUGUAGCUCAUCCAGGUAUUCUGUAAGUCUCGAACCUUUCAUUGUGGUCUCGUAGCCGCUCUGCAGGUGAAUAAACAAUCAGCUGGUACAGUGCAGAAAUAAAAGCAGGGACAGACGAGAGCUGGGAUCUGUAAAGUCUGUAGAGUGUCAGCGCUGAACAUUCAAAAGGCUGUUUGGGUUUUCUACCGCUAGUUUGUCAGUCACAGAUGUUCAAAUAUCUUCUUUGUCUUUCCAUCUGGCUCUUUUUUUGUCUUGAUAUCUGUCUUUUUCUCUUCCUUGUGUGUGUCAUCUCUCACUCUUUCAUUCACACCUUUUCUCAGGGUUUGGGGAAAACCAUCCAAGCUAUAGCGUUUUUAUCCCAGCUUUAUGAGAAUGGAAUAGAAGGCCCUCACCUCAUCACUGUGCCAUCCUCCACUCUAGGUAAUACUCUCCACAAACCGUACUUUUGACACAUUUUAAGAUUAAAUGUUGGGGCAUGUUUAUGAAUAUUCUCUCUUGUGCUGAUUUGACUCUUUGUUUUGUAGAUAACUGGGUCAGAGAGCUGCAGCUGUGGUGUCCAAAGCUUAAAGUAGUCGUCUAUCACGGUAAAACUCUUAAUUUGCUGAAACCUUAAGGUUGAUCCAAGAGUAAAAGACACUGUUAUUUUUUAAAAAUGUUCUGCCUUUUACUGAAGAGCUUUUCCAGAGUUUCUCAUUUUUAAAAACAAAAGCAGGUUGCUCACCCUGAUGACACUCGAUCUCUUUUUUGUUUGCCCCACUGAAACUGAAUUGACAUUAAGGAUUUGUGACAUUUCAUGGCACAAUAAACAAAAAAUAACUGAACCAAAAAUGUAAACAUAGAUGUUUUUCAAUUUUAUUCUUUAUUGAAAAAAUAUCUUAAGACAAAGUACAUACAAAUAUUGUGUUUAUUUAUUAAUUAUUAACAGCAGAUAGAAAGACUGCAAAGUUUCCCGUCAAAAAAUCCGUCUUGGUAAUCAGAUUGUUCCUGAUUGGUGCCCUGAACAGGAUCCACUGAAGAACGCCGCUACCUCAGACACGACAUCCUCAGCGAGGCUGUUGAGUUCAGCGUCAUCGUGACCACGUGAGCGAGCACACACACAAUCUACGCCAUUUUACAGACUGUUACAAAUUGCAAUUAAGUAGCUGGAGGGUUGAGGGAAAAACACCUGCGCCGAUUUAUUCCAAUUGAGGCACAAAAACACAAAGGAUGAGUGUGAUUGUCUUGUUUGGUGUGUGUUACAGUUAUAAUUCGGCCAUUGGAAACAGCAACGACCGCAGCUUCUUCAGAAAGCUGCGUCUGAUCUAUGCUGUGUUCGAUGAGGGUCACAUGCUUAAGAACAUGAACACCCUGCGCUACCGCCACCUAAUGGCCAUCAAUGUAAGUUCACUGACAGCCUUUUCUACCAAUUGUAAAUUUUGAACACCCUGAAGUAUUGCACUAAUAUUGUGGUUUCAUUUGGUCUUGCAGGCAGAGCACCGUUUGCUGCUGACAGGAACUCCUUUACAGAACAACCUCUUAGAGCUGAUGUCCCUCCUCAACUUUAUUAUGCCUUCUGUGUUCUCCAGCUCGACGACACAGCUUUCCAAAAUGUUUUCUGCGGUGAGUGUUUGUUGCACUGUGAGCAUUUCUGGCUCGAGAUCUUAAUAACAGCAUGCAUGCCACUUAGACAGACAAGCCUGUCCUCCUCAGUGUUUAAUGAUGGGUAUUCUGGUUUAAACACUUGGGUUGAAAUCCUUGAUUAUGUCUCCCACCCUUCCCUUGUGCUUUACUGCCUCGGCAUGACCACAAAUCCCAUACCGUGCAGAGAUUUUAUCAUUAUUUCUUUUUUUUAUUCAUGUGAACUUCGUGUUUGACUUUAUGUUACGUGUCAGACUCCCCAAGAGGAGCAGAGCAGCUUUCAGAGGGACCGUAUUUCUCAGGCCAAACUCAUCAUGAAACCUUUUAUCCUCCGAAGAGUCAAGAGCGAGGUGAGUCGAUUCUUGCUGGGUGCAAAGACUUAGUUAUGGAAGUAGUUUGAGCAUUAAAAUGACCCCGACCUCCCAAAUCAAUUUCUUUUGUGGAUAAAUAAAGUUGUUAUCUUUUCAAGCACCGUGUAAAGCCCUGGAAUAUGCUUUUUUUCCAGGUCCUGCAACAGCUGCCAGCCAAGGAGGAGAAAGUCGAGUUCUGCUCAAUGACUGAGAAACAGCAAGUUCUUUAUCAAAACCUCUUGAAAAAAAUGAAAGGUUCCUCCUGUGGACAGAGUAAGACUGAUUUUUUUGACACAUCACAUAAUUUUUUACAGGAAUGAAGGUGUGCUUAAUUAACUCAUGCACUGAUCACACAGAGCGUGAGUUGUGUAACGCGGUGAUGCAGUUGAGAAAGAUGGCCAACCACCCUCUGCUUCACCGACAGCACUACACUACAGAAAAGCUGAAAGCCAUGAGCAAACUCAUGCUCAAGGUAAGUCCCUGUUUCCCAAGUAACCUAAAUAAAUUUUACUUGAAUGAGGAGUGAAAAGUUUUCCUCCGUUCGUCUCUCUCCUUCAACAGGAGCCGACUCACUUUGACGCAGAGGCCUCCCUGAUUCAGGAAGACAUGGAAGUGAUGUCAGACUUCGAGCUGCAUAAUCUGUGCAAACAGUACUCCUCCAUCAGCUCGUACAAGCUGGACAAGAAUCUGCUGCUUGAUUCUGGGAAAUUCCAACACCUCACAGAACUCCUGGCCUCUCUUAAAAAGAAGGUGACUGCACAUGCACAGAGGGAUGUCUCCAUACGUGCAGGGUGAGCCAUGCUUUCACACAGAUUUAAGAUCGUAAAAAUUAAGUUUCCUUUACCCCACAGGGAGACCGGGUGGUGUUAUUCAGUCAGUUCACCAUGAUGCUGGACAUUGUGGAAGAGCUGCUGAAACAUCUAGCGCACCGUUACGUCAGACUGGAUGGAUCCACGCCGAUACCAGACAGGUUUGAGUUGUACAGUACAUUGAAGUCAGCCUGAGCGUGAUGGAAGAAAAGUAGUAACGAUCUCUUUUUUUCUCAGGAUUGUGCUGAUCGACGAGUUCAACACGGAUCCCGACAUAUUUGUGUUCUUGUUGUCGACACAUGCUGGUGGCCUGGGCAUCAACCUCACGACAGCUAAUGUUGUCAUUAUACACGACAUUGACUUCAACCCCUACAAUGACAAGCAGGCAGAGGACAGAUGUCACCGUGUAGGCCAGACGAGGUAAGAGCAUCUGAUAGAUUGAUGUUAUCUAUGUGUUCUUUUAUUUCUCUUUCUUUCUAAGCAUCGAUGGGAAGUGUCUUUCAUUGGCUCCAUGGAUUAACUCUUUGUCAUCCAUACCCCAUCCAGCCUUUUGAGUCAGUAUUUGACUGAUACUGACACUAGGAUCUGAUAAGUGCACCUCUGGUAAAAAUGCAUCUGUGUAUUUUCAUGAUCUCACCGCUUGACUCUCCCAUCUUAGGAAGGUCCAGGUGAUAAAGCUGAUCAGCAAGGACACAGUAGAGUACUGCAUGCUACAACUGAGCCAGAAGAAACUAAAGCUGGAGAAGGACAUGACCGCUGCAGAAGAGGGUAAGGAAACACAAGAGAUUGAUUGGCUGCAUUUACACAAUUUGAUUUCACCAUCUAAUAAAAAACAAAGGCAGUGAGGGUUUGCUUCCUCGUGGAUCAGCUCCAGGAGUUUAAUUUUGGUGAGACCUGAGUUAAGUCCCAGUCUUUCACUGUGGCUGCCUCAGUCCCAUCAUCAGAACCCUCUGUUCCACAAGGAUCCAUCUUUUGCUGAGCAAAGUCACGACAUAGGUUACAUCGUGAUGUGAAUAGGCAUAAUAUACAUAAAUGCUAGAGCAUAAUCUAGCGUCACUGUCAUAGUGAAUGGGUCUCCUCACGCUAGGCUCGCACUUGAGCCAAAUGAAGUCAACGGUGAAUGAGCAACUAUGCCCGUAUUUUGUGUCCUUCACAGUUGCAAAAACCAAAACUUGUUAAUGUAGGAAAACAUUUCACAAGUAAGAUUGGAAAAUAAUUUGUGUUAUUUUUAAUGUGUGACAGCGUCUCGUUUUGUAGCUACAUCUCUGGUUUUUGUAUCAAACCAAAUCGUGUGAAAAUUGGGUAAACAUUUGGGGAGUGAUGAUCAAUAUAGUUGGGCAUUCCUACCUUCCUCAAUAGAAAUGAAUUCACCGGGGGCGCAUGGGGGACCCUUUCAAGAUGGUGGCUGCAUUGAUAUAUGAGCUCCAAUAGGCAGCGUCAGUCUAUGAAGGGUCUACAUUAUGUCAACGGUAAUAUGAGGUACAGGCGAACAUGCAGGGGUGUGUCCAGGCUUUUUUAAGGAGGGUAGGAUGUAAUAUGUAAAUAGCAUUUUGUGUAACAUAAGCUGUAUAAUUUCACAUUAAUCCAGCUUCAGACAAGGCAAAUAGCCAAAUGGAAUGAUGUUCUAUUUUUUUUUUUGUCUUGUCCCCCAGUCAAGUGUUCUACAUUUGAAAAAAAUAGAAACUAAUAAAAGUUGUAUCAAAGCUAAGCAUGUACAAAAAAUAAAAUAAAAAUUUAUCAAAAACUAAAGAAAGCUUAGCUGAACAUAAAAAGUAAAGGCCAAAACAAAGUAGAAUUAAAAGUGAUGAACUUUUCAGACUAUUAUACCUCUUAUGCAGACUACACUCUGCAGAUAUAUACGACCAGUUUAAAGAACCAGGUCUCAACUGCAGGCAGUGUUGCAAAAACUGAAGUAGGUUACAGAUCGUAUGUCCGGGUUGAUAGUGAGCUUUCAGUAUCUGUUGUCUUGUGUUUUUCCUCUUUUGUCUUUUGGUUUUCAAGUGUCAAGAUUGCAAAUUUGUCAUUUAGGUGAUGAGGGGACCAUACCUGAAGAUAUGGCGUCUUUGCUCAAAGCUUCACUUGGACUGUGAUUUACAAUGGCACAAAACAAACACACACUUGUUUGUAUUCCUGCAUUUCUGGGCAGACUUGAGCAUUUUGACUUGAACUACUCUGACGAUGUGUCUUCAUGAAACAAACUACUGAGAACCAUAUGCUGCCAUGCAAAGAGGACCCAAUGGUAAAAAACACUAUCCACUGUCCAGCAUGGUAGCUGUGUGCCUAAGACAUUUUACACCGUUUUUAUCUUUUCCCUCGAACAAGACCAGUAUUUAAAAAUGUUGCCUUUCAUUAUGCACUCCUCAUGUGACACGAGUGUUAAAAGAUACAGGAGCUCAAAUGAAUGUUGAAGUACAGACCAAACUGUUUUAAUGCAGCAUGUGUUGGGGUCCAUCUUACUUGUCUUACUGAACACAAGUAUUUCAUAAUAUUUCAGAGAACUUCAUGAAUUAUUAAUGAAUUUUCACAAACCAAAAAGUCACAGUACACUGACAAGAACACUGGUGCCUUCAGGCAGUCAGACAUGAGCUGUUUUCUGAUUCAGAGUCAGGAAAUUGAGUUGGCAUACCUGAAGAGUUAGUCAGAUGAAAUGACAGAUUCUCCACCGCCCCCGAUACCAAACAGAGACGCAUCUUUCCAGCUCUCAUACAGAGCAGGUUGUUACCUCAGGAGGUUUGGCUGCUGUGAGCAGAGGAAGCAGCUGUGGCAUUUAUGUACUGUAUAAGUAGUUUGUGUUGUAGUUCUGUAUAAGCUUUUAUGGAGUCAUUUGUAUGUUUUUUGUUUCAUGUGUAGAAUAAAUAUUAAAAUUUGGAAUAAA